UCAGUUAUCUAUUCGUAGAGUAAAUCGAAAACAUGCCUCCAAAAACUUCAGGAAAAGCUGUUAAGAAAGCCGGUAAUGCUAAAGCCGUAAGAACUGGCGAUAAGAAAAGGAAACGUAAACGAAAGGAGAGCUACAGCAUCUACAUCUACAAGGUGUUGAAGCAAGUUCACCCAGACACUGGUAUCUCAAGCAGAGCCAUGGGAAUCAUGAACAGCUUCGUCAACGAUAUCUUCGAACGUAUUGCCGGUGAAGCAUCUCGUCUUGCUCACUAUAACAAGAAAUCCACCAUCACCAGCAGGGAAGUUCAGACCGCCGUUCGUCUCUUGCUGCCGGGUGAAUUGGCCAAGCAUGCCGUAUCUGAAGGCACCAAGGCUGUCACCAAAUACACCAGCUCUAAGUAAUCAUCUUUACUGCAGUUUCAAACCAAACGGUUCUUUUCAGAGCCACCAAAAGUACAAGAGAGAUUUGUUGGUUUUCUGUCAAAUUGUAUACAAUGAAAAUGGUUAACACUAGAAUAAGAGUACUUAUAUUGUUGUGUUGCCCUGGAAAAAUGUUCUCAAUAAAUUUAACCUCAACUGUGUUAACAACAUAGGCCUAGCCUAUACAGUAAUAAAUAAAAGAUAACAAGGAUAUACAACUACGAGCACCAAAUAAUAUCUAGGCCUAGUCACAAGAUGUACAAACAGAAUAUAAAACAUUAUUAACCAAUUACACAUUAAACUUAAUUAAAUUAGGUCGAAAUUGCACUUAAAACCACAAUUAUCUAUUAACAUUAUUAUGAAGGUGAAUGGAGUUGGGAACAAAAGAGUUUCUAUAACGGCAACGUGUGGUGAGUUGUACCUGUAUUUACUGGAACCUGUAUACAGGCUUGUCUGCUUGGUCUCCUUUCGGAAUUUGUCAGUUAAACACAUA